CGAUAUCUCGAAUAUAAAAGUUUAGCACAAAUUUAAAUGGAUGGGGCAACAUGGUGAAAGAAAAACGAUAAGUUACAAAAGUAUACAAACACUACAAAAUUAUGAGUAAAAUUCCCAAAAUUAUAAAUUCACGGUCAUUUUCGCUCCUGUCUCGGCUUUGGAAUGGGCCUCAAGCAGUCUCUGGAAACACCACAGAAAAGAAGGUGAAAGAUAUUUUACAUCAGCAGUUUCCACAUGCAAAGACGAUUGAAGUUACUGAUAUAUCAGGUGGUUGUGGUGCAAUGUUUGAGAUCAUGGUUGAGACUCCAGAGUUCAAAGGCUUGAGCAUGGUCAAACAACACAGGAUAAUAAAUGAGGCACUGAAAGAAGAAAUCAAAGAUAUGCAUGGAUUACGGAUUCACACAUCCGUUCCUCCAUGAUUAGCUCCAGUUUUAAGUAGAAGUUCCAAAUUAUGACUUUUCAUUUAGCUUCUAUGUAUAUAGUAUCAUAUUGUAUUAAAUUUAUUGAACACUGUUCA